AUGGCGGCACGGCACAUCAAUCCCAUCAUCCCAGGCUUUGCACCUGACCCGUCGCUGUGCGUAGCGGACGGCACGUUUUUUCUUGUCAAUUCGACAUUUCACUUAUUCCCAGGUCUCCCUGUGUAUGCAUCGAAGAACUUGACGGAAUGGAAGUUGAUAGGCAAUGCCGUAAACCGCCAUGGGCAGUUGAGCCUUGCAGACACUAGGACAAACAUCCACGAGCUGGCCACUGGUGGUAACAUAGUUGGUACAGGCGGCCUCUAUGCUCCCACGAUACGAUACAACAACGGGACCUUCUAUAUCCUCUGUACAAUCGUUACGCAUCGUGACCCUCCAGCCAAGUCUCACAGUUUUGCCAAUUUCAUCCUCAAGACCAACGACAUCUACUCCGGCAACUGGAGCGAUCCUAUAUACUUCGAUUUCUACGCCUUCGAUCCCAGUCUUUUCUUCGAUGAUGACGGCAGAGCUUACGUGCAUGGCGCAGCAAUGCCAGGUCCGGAAACCACCAUCGACAUCUUCGAGGUCGAUCUAAAGACCGGCAAGAAGCUCACCGAGCAGACAACAAUCUGGACAGGCAUCACAAAGUUCUUCCCUGAAGGCCCUCAUAUAUACAAGAAAGAUGGCUACUACUAUUGCCUUAUUGCCGAGGAUGGAACCCACGAGUUCCACGCCGUGAAGAUUGCGCGCUCGAAGACCCUGAUGGGCCCAUAUGAGUCCUUCGAGAAGAAUCCUCUACUGUCAGCAGCUCCUGGCGACUACUAUCAGCAUAUUGGCCAUGCCGAGCUCUUUCAAGAUCCUACUGGCGAAUGGUGGUGUGUGUGCUUGGGUGUGCGCAAGACCGCCAAAGGCCACUUCGUCCUCAGUCGAGAGACCUUCCUCACACAAGCUAGCUGGCCUGAGGGUGAUUGGCCCAGCAUAGAGCCCAUCAAGCCCAACCCCGAACGUCUUGCUGGACAAGCGAAGCCACAGCUCCUCGGCGGCGCAGACGAGGACGAGUUGCUCUUCAUUCGUGAGCCGGGGCUACGUGGAUACAAGCGGGACGGCGAUACCAUCAUGCUCAAGCCGUCGACUUUGGACUUCACGUAUGCGGUUGGCACGGAACCCAUCUCCUUCGUUGGUAGGCGUCAGCGACGGCUGGAUGGAGUUGCGUCUGUGAAGCUGCUAUCCGGUGUACAGGGCGCAGAUCUCAAAGCCGGACUGGCAUACUUCAAGGACGAGCACAGAUUCAUCCGACUGUUCUAUGACUUCUCGACAUCUGAGUUGUGCUUUGACGCCGUGAAUGCUUCGCAGAAGUUUGCAGAAUCGUCGAAGAGGUCAUUGGAGCUCGUGCAAGGAGUUGAGCUCCGAGUAACAUAUACCGAGCUGGAGUAUACCUGCUCGUUCCGUCCCAAGGGAUCUGAGGAUUGGACUCAGAUGGCGACCGUAGAUGGUCUGAAAAUGUCGGACUUUGACUUUGUGGGUCCUGUCAUCGGUGUGUUCGCCUUUGGUAGUGCCAGCGACACUCAAGUACAGUUCAAAGGUCUGCAGGUGGACUAG